CACGUGACGGGCCGGACCGCCUCUGCCGCCGCCGCUUUGUAAGAGGCACAUUGGCAGGUAACGAACGGCGGCGGCGGUGGUUCCCGAGUCCAGCGAGAGCAGCAGCGAUUUUCUAUUUUGUGCAUACAUUAUUUUGUAUAUACUGUAUAUGAUGACUUCGGUGAGCAGUGACCGGCCCAGAGGUGCUCGGGAAAAGCCACAGAUUUCAGCGACACAGGCAACACAACUACAGAAACAAGUGGUACAGGCAACAGCUGAACAGAUGCGUCUUGCUCAAGUGAUCUUUGAUAAAAAUGAUUCAGAGUUUGAAGCUAAAGUUAAACAGCUUAUGGAAGUGACAGGAAAAAAUCAGGAUGAAUGCAUAGUGGCUCUGCAUGACUGUAAUGGAGAUGUCAACAAAGCUAUCAAUAUAUUGCUGGAAGGGAAUUCAGACACGACUUCAUGGGAGACUGUAGGAGGGAAGAAGAAGAAUUUUGGAAAAGAAAGUUCAGAAAACAAAGAGAAUAGAGAGAAGAGAAGUGAGAGAGAGGUGAGCCGUGGACGUGGAAGCAACAACCGGAAAGUAAAAGGUGGCAAUCGUGGGAGAGAGUUUAGAGGUGAAGAGAAUGGAAUUGAUUGCAAUCAAGGGGACAAGCCUUCAGACCGUGGCAAGAGAGCUCGUGGUAGAGGGUUUGGACGUGGCAGAGGGAGAGGGGCAGGAAGAUUCUCAACGCAAGGCAUGGGGACAUUUAACCCUGCGGACUAUUCAGAUUCUCCAUCUAUAGAUGGGUGUGGGACAAAACCAGUAGUUUGGGAAGCUGCUCAGAAUGGUGCAGAUGAGGGAACUGAACUGGCAUCAAAUGCUCAAAAUGUAGCUCAGAAUCUGCCAAACAAAAAUUCUUUUGGACUCAAAGGGGCCUGGAAGAAUUCUGUGGACGAGUGGACAACGGAAGACUGGACUGAAGAUCUUUCUGAAACAAAGGUCUUCAUUUCCUCAGCUGCUCCAGCAGAGCAUCUUGUCACACCUGGGCAAAGUGUUGAUCUGGUAGCCUUGCUCCAGAAGCCUGUUCCUCACAGUCAAGCCUCAGAAGUCAACUCCUUUGAAACUUCCCAACAGCAGGGCUUUGGCCAAGCCCUUGUCUUCACAAAUUCUCAGCACAUCAGUCAGAUGGCACAAGGGACUGGCAGCUCCACUGCUGUCAAUCCCUAUCCACCUCAGAGUCUGUCAUCCAUCCUUGGUUCAGGAUUUGGAGAGCUCGCACCUUCCAAAAUGGCAAACAUCACCAGCUCCCAGAUUUUGGACCAGUUGGAAGCUCCGAGUUUGGGCCAGUUUACCACCACCCCAAGUUCACAGCAGAAUAAUACAAGUCCUCCCACAACCGCUUCUUCUUGGGACCUCAAGCCCUCAGCAUCCCAGUCCUCAGUCCUUAGUCAUUUUGACUUCAAAUCUCAGCCUGAGCCGUCCCCUGUUCUUAGCCAACUGAGCCAACGACAGCAGCAGCAGACUCAGGCAGUCACUGUUCCUCCUCCUGGGUUGGAGUCCUUUCCUUCCCAGGUGAAACUCCGAGAGUCAGCACCCAGAGACAGCAGUACCUCCACUGUGAACAAACUCCUGCAGCUUCCCAGCACGACUGUCGAAAACAUCGCCGUGUCUGCUCACCAGCCACAGCCUAAACACAUCAAACUCCCUAAGCGGCGAAUACCUCCAGCUUCUAAGAUCCCAGCUUCUGCAGUGGAAAUGCCUGGUUCAGCAGAUGUCACAGGAUUAAAUGUCCAGUUUGGUGCCUUGGAAUUUGGAUCAGAACCUUCUCUCUCUGAAUUUGGAUCAGCUGCAAGCAGUGAAAAUAGUAGCCAGAUUCCCAUUAGCUUGUAUUCGAAAUCUUUAAGUGACUCUUUGAAUACCUCCCUAGCAGUGACCAGUGCAGUGCAGAACUCCACCCACACAACUUCAGUCAUUACCUCCUCCAAUCUGACCAGCUCAUCGUUGAGCUCCACUAGUCCUGUAACAACAUCUUCCUCCUACGACCAGAGUUCUGUGCAUGACAGGAGCGCAUACCAAAGCUCUGUGAGUCCAUCGGAGUCAGCUCCAGGAACCAUCACGAAUGGACAUGGUGGUAGUCGAAGUCAGCAGACAGUAGACACUCCUUCAUCUGUUCCAGCUCCAGAGACAACAGACGCCCCCUCCGCCCUCCCAUCCGUGGGUUCCCUGCCCAGCACCACCUCCUGCACCCCGCCUCUGCCCUCUGCACCCCAGCACACUGCCGCUCUGCCCCCCUUGGCGCAGCCUGGCGACCUGUCCAGCAGCCCCCUCUCUCAGCUUAGCAGCUCUCUCUCCGGCCACCAGAGCAGCCUCUCCUCUGCGCACACGGUGCUCUCCACCAGCACGUCACACACGCGUGCCGGCGUGGAGAGCGCCCCUCCCCUCCAGCCCUCGGCCGCCUUCUCAACGGCAGCCACCUGUGCCUCGAGUGCUGCAUCCUCAGGGCUCAGCCUGCCGAGCAGCAGGAACACGCUCAACAGCCUCUGCCUGGGCGGUACCGCUGCGAGUGCCCCCAGCAGCAGCGCCAGGGCCACGCCCUCGGUGACCUCAGGCAAAGCGCCCCCCAGCCUGCCCCAGGGGGCGCCUCCCCUGCUGCACAGCCAGUACCUCGUGGGCCCCGGAGGACUGCUUCCUGCCUACCCGAUUUAUGGCUAUGACGAGCUCCAGAUGCUGCAGUCACGGCUGCCGAUGGAUUACUAUGGGAUUCCUUUCACUACACCCGCAGCCCUCACCGGUCGAGAUGGGAGCCUUGCUAAUAAUCCCUAUUCAGGUGAUGUCACAAAGUUUGGCCGAGGAGACUCUGCGUCCCCUGCACCUGCCACCACCCUGGCUCAGCCCCAGCAGAGCCAGUCCCAGGCCCACCACACAGCCCAGCAGCCCUUUCUGAACCCUGCCCUGCCACCUGGCUACAGCUACACUGGCCUCCCCUACUAUACAGGCGUACCCAGUGCCUUUCAGUAUGGGCCCACCGUGUUUGUCCCCUCGGCCUCAGCCAAGCAGCACGGUGUGAGCCUCAGCAGCCCCACCACCCCUUUCCAGCAGGCCAGUGGCUAUGGCCAGCACAGCUACAGCGCAGGUUACGAUGACGUGAGCCAGGGGGCAGCAGCAGGAGACUACACCAAGGGCGGCUAUGGUGGAUCAUCGCAGGCACAGAGCAAGUCUUCAGGUGCUGGGCCUGGCAAAGGAGUGUCGGCGUCUUCGAGCGCCCCCGGCCUCCCUGACGUGACCGGGUCCGUCUACAGCAAGACUCAGACUUUCGACAGGCAGGGAUUUCACGCGGGGACCCCGCCACCGUUCAGCCUGCCCUCGGCCUUGGGCUCCCCUGGGCCCCUGGGCCCCGGUUACGCGCCCUCACCGCUCGUGCACAUCCUGCCCGCCCACCAGCAGCCUCACUCACAGCUGCUGCACCACCACCUCCCGCAGGACGCUCAGAGCGGCUCCGGUCAGCGCAGCCAGCCCAGCUCCCUGCAGCCCAAGUCGCAAGCCUCCAAACCUGCCUACGGCAACUCUCCAUACUGGACAAACUGAACCCUGAAGAGCGGGGGGGCCGGGGCAGGGCCUACCCCGGGCAGGAGAGCGCACACGGAGCCCGGCGCCCUUCCCCAGAGUUUCUGAGACGUGUAGCUGUGUCAGCCGAG